AUGGUCGGUUGGGGACCGGUGUUCGCGAUGGCCAGAUGCCCGCGUCGAGAGAGGAGGAGGCGAGAGCAAUCGCGAAGCGAAAAGGGACGGGACGAAGGUAAGAAGGAAAUAAGCCGGAAGAGGAGAAGAGGACGAGAUCGGCGAAGGAUCAGGCGCGGCGAGGAGGCGAAGGAAGAGAAGACGAGGCGGUGGAAUCGUGACACGGGCGCGUGUGCAACAGGCGAUUUCCGAAGGAAGCAGCGACAUCGGCUCGAUGUUAAUAAGAGAGGAGUGACGUCCGCGUGGAGUUCCAGGGAACCGGAGGAAAGAGCAGCGACGUACGUCGCGGCGCGAAACAGGAAGGUUCGAAGAAGGAACGAAGGAAGGAGUAGUAGUACUAGUAGUACUAGUAGUAGUAGUAGUAGCAGUAGUAAUUGCUUGGAAGAGAGGGAUAAAGAAAGACAGAGAGAAAGAGAGAGAGAGAAAGAGAGAGAGAGAGAGAGAGAGAGCGAGAGAGAGAGAGAAACCCGUUAA